AUGGAGAAAUUGCAGACUCGGUUAGUCAUAGCAAUGGUUCUCAGGAUGAAAUCGCUGGUGGUGGUGAUGGGUCUUUUAAAUUUCUUGUUUCAGGAAGUUAAGAAGGAUGUAGAGCCCAAGGAUGAUGGCGUACUACUCAGGAGGGAGAAGUCUGGCAAUGUAGCCAGUCUUGUGCAGCGUAUGAGCAGCUAUGGACUUCCAGCAGGAGGAUUUCAGCCUCAUCCCCUGGCCAAAAGCUUCAAGAAGAGGUCCAAGAAGCGGCAGUGCAAAGUGCUUUUUGAAUACAUCCCACAGAACGAGGAUGAGCUGGAACUCAAACUGGGGGAUGUGAUCGACAUCAACGAAGAGGUAGAAGAAGGCUGGUGGAGUGGAACACUAAAUGGCAAGGCAGGGUUGUUUCCUUCAAAUUUUGUGAAAGAAUUGGAACUGACGGAUGAUGGAGAAACACAGGAUUCUCUGGAUGACACAGAGUCUGCUUUCAGUGGUCCUACCUCACCUGUGGUCUCUCCAGGAAAUGGAAGUGAACCUGGAUCUGGACCAGCACAGCCAAAGAAAAUCCGAGGGAUUGGGUUUGGAGAUAUUUUUAAAGAAGGCUCAGUGAAACUUAAGCCAAGAUUAUCCAGUAAUGAAUCAGAAGAUAAAAAGCAAGAUAAGCCGUCACCUAACCAUGCCCCUGGAACAAAGCUAAUUCAUUUUCCCAGUACAGCAAAAACAGAAAACUCAUCAGAAGUAGUAAAAUCAGAAGCUGAAAGCAAACCAAAAGCCAAGGAAUAUUGCAGGACAGUAUUUUCCUGUGAAGGCUCAAAUGAUGAACUCGGUGUUAAGGAAGGCGAGACCGUUCAAAUGAUCAGUAAGGACACUGGAGAGCCAGGCUGGUGGAAAGGAGAACUCUGUGGUAAAGAAGGAGUCUUCCCAGAUAAUUCUGCUGUUCAAAUACAAGAGUCUUUAUCAGACUUCCCUAAGCCAAAGAAACCUCCGCCUCCAGUUAAAAACCCAGCUCCAAAGCCUGAAUUGCCUGCUGGAGAGAAGAAAGUCCCUUGUUUGAGGCCUGAGGAAAAAGAUGAAAAAGGAGCUUUGGAUCAGAAGCCUUUGAAGCCACAAGCUCCUCAAGUACCACCCAAGAAGCCUCUUCCACCAAGCAAGACAAACAGCUUACUGAGAGCAGGGCUUCUGCACCCAAAACGUCCAGAUAAACCUGUUUUGCCAUCCUCUGUAUCCAAAUCUAAUGGAGAAGUUGUUUCUCUUCGACCGAAAUCUGAAGUUGAGCCAGUAGCAAAACCAAAGUUAGACUCUGAACCGUUACCACUUAGACCAAAAUCAGUAGAGGUAGAUUCACUUGUGGUAAAGAGCUCUAAAGAAUCAGAUCUGUUAAGCUUUGAUGAUGUAAUAGCUACCUCAGAUAAUCUAUCACACCCUACUGCAAACCGACCCAAGAUGCCUGGUAGGAGGCUGCCUUCACGUUUCAAUAGCAGUAGUCCUACAAGUCAAAAUGUGAGUCCUGAAAAAAAUUUGAAGGUGCAGAAAGAAGAAGAAAGUGCCAAACCAAAGCCAGUUGAAACAAAAAAGCCAUCUGCAUUCAGUCCACCAAUUCCAUCUUCAUCUCAGAGACCAAGUUCUGGUUUACUCAACUUUUUUCCUGGAGACAUCCAACUUAAAGGGGAAACGGAUGACGACACAAUUUCUGUGGAAGAGCUCAGGACUCAGAUUAAUGAUUUGAUGGGUUUAGUGGAUGCACUGAAGAAAGAACAUGGGAGAGAACUGGAAAAACUGAAGAAGGAUUUGGAAGAAGAGAAGCUGUUGCGAAGUAAUCUGGAGCUUGAAAUAGAAAAACUGAAGAAAGCAGUGAUGUCUACAUGA